AUGAAAUCUAUUCGUGUUCAUAGUAAAAAUCGAUAUUUAUUUGAUGAUACAAAAGCUGUCUAUAAUGCUGAUAGAACCAAGAUAUUAUAUUGUGCUUCUAAUAUUGGAGAAACAUAUGAAAUUGAUCCAAAUGUUUAUUAUAUCAAUAGAGGAUGUUUCGCGAAUUCUCUUCUUUCGUCGAUCAUAAUUCCAGAUUCAGUUAAUUAUACAGGAACAUAUGCAUUUUACAGAACUACAGAUCUCAAACAAAUUAAGCUUCCGAAGUCACUGAAGAAGAUUGAAAAUAAUUGUUUUGAUGGAACCGGCUUGACAUCAAUCGUUAUACCUGAUGGUGUCGAAGUCUUAGGUGACAGUGUUUUUUCUAAUUGUAAAUCUCUUACUAAUAUUACACUUCCUAAGACAUUGAAAUCUUUAGGAGGAAAUGCAUUACCUUCUAACCCAGGUAUUAAUAUUUCAUCAAUCAGCAAUGAAUACAUUUAUUUUGACCAUUAUUAUGUUAUUUAUAUUGAUCAUAACCAAUCUAUCUCACAAUAUUUAGGAUCUGGUUCUGAAAUCGUUCUUUUGAGCACGGUAAAGACAAUUAAAUCAAAUGCUUUCCGAGAUAAUCAAAAUUUAGUUUCAAUUAAAUUUGGAGGCGAAUCUAGCUUAGAAACUAUCGAAAUUCGUGCAUUUUGGGGUUGUGCAAAACUCCAGACAUUUGAAUUCGGUUCUAAAAUUAGAUUCAUCAAGGAGCAAGCAUUUGAUGGAACACAACUCAUAGGAGAUAUCAAAUUUCAACAAAAUUUAGCAACAAUUGAAAAGGAUGCGUUCAAUGGUAACACGAAAAUCACAUCAUUGUCAUUUUCAUCAACCGUCCCAUUGACCAUUUCAGAGAAUGCAUUCUUCAACUGCAACUCAAUAACAGUGAUCACAUUCAAGACUACAUCACAAAUCACUCUUGGUGUUACGUGCUUCAGUGGCUUAUCAUCACUUACAUAUCUCUCUAUUCCAUCAAAAGUCAUUUCAGUUGGAUCAGGCAGUUUCAUGAACAGUGGCAUCGAGCAAGUCUCAUUUAUUGGCGAUUCAAUCGGUUUCGGAUCUAUCUCAGCAUCCAUGUUCAAAGGCUGCACACACUUAUCCUCAUUCAGUGUUCCCAGCAACUGCAUUAACAUUGGACCAGAGUCAUUGAGUUACACGUCCAUUUCUUCGAUCAUCAUUCCAGACAGUGUUGAAAUCCUUGAUGACCAAUGCUUCAAAGGCUGCAGCCAACUCGAAUCUAUCCAAAUCAGCAGCAAUAGUAAUCUUUUUCGAAUUGGAUUUGGUGUUUUUGAUGGCUGUUCACAUUUUUCCAUUGUUAACCAAUUCCAAUCUAAGAACUUUGUCAGCGAGAGCAGUGCUAUUUACAGCAGCGACCGACGCCGCAUGCAUGUAUAUCCACCUGCAUCACCACGCAUCUAUUUCUCUCUCCUCGAAGGUGUCCAACAUAUUGAAGACAGUGCAUUCAUUGGCUGUUCACAUCUUGAGUCUGUCAUGCUUCCCGAGAACAGUCUUCUCAGCAUUGGCAUCAGUUCAUUCCAAGGCUGCACACACCUCAAACAGAUCACAAUUCCAUCUAGCAUCCAGAGUGUUGGUUCUAACGCAUUCCUUGACUGUCCUCUUCUCAAAUGUGGUGCUCUUAUUCAGAACAUCAACAACAAGACAUUCAUUCAUCUUCUCAGAUCAUCCGGUCUUCAGAUCGAAUCAUUAGCAUUCUGUUCUGGAUUCUCAUGUAAAAAUGAUUUCCACAACACAAAAUUUAUCUCAUUUUCAUAUAUUGCUGUAUUUAUAUUAGUUUAA